GCUACGAAGGAUGUUUACGAUAAGUGGACUACGCGCAAUAAGUUACCACACAUAGUGGAUGACAUCGAGAGAGGGGCGAAGUUGCUGUGGCUUGGCAAUCGCAAACAUGACCGUGUCCUCUUGUGGUGUCAUGGGGGGGGAUUUGUACUUCCAGCUAAUGAAGAGCAGCAUCUAAACCUCCUCAAGGCAAUUUACGACGACUUCAAGGAUCAUAAAGACGGAUUUGACGUUGCACUCCUCGCGUACGCCUUAGCUCCUCAAUCAACGUUCCCAAUUCAACUUCGUCAACUCGUUUCUGCCAUGAAGCACCUUGUCGAUCAUGGAACACGGGCGAACCACAUAGUCCUAGGAGGCGACUCCGCUGGCGCUGCCCUUAUACUCCAGCUCUUCGCCCACAUUAUCCACCCUAUGCCCGAUAUUCCCCCGUGGACCGUACACAGUCCCAUUGGCGGCGCAUUUCUUAUGUCGCCCUGGGUAUUGUUCGGCCAGGAUAUCCCCUCUACACUCGACAAUAGCAGAGAUAUCGUGACUGUCUCUUUCAAUAACUUUCUCGCCCGCCUUGCGCACCCGCACAUCAGUUCCAUAUUUCAGCCCAAUUUCGACCCUUCGACUGCUCCGCAAGCCUGGUGGGAAGGACUUGGAGAUGUAGUGGGACAUCUCCUUAUCACAAUCGGAGAAGUAGAGCUCUUGAAGGACCAUAUGGUAGCAUUGGGAGACAGACUGGGAAGAAAACAUCCGAGAGUAUUGACUAUUGUCGAGACAAACGGGGUGCACAUGAAUCUGCUAAUGGACUUUGCGGCUGGGGAAGGCAAACAGUCCUCUACGUACAAGUUUCUCCUGACUUGGUUAGCGAAGAUCUCCAAUCCCAUAGAACGAAAUGUUGUUGUGGGUAAGGUGCCGCAGGGCACUUUCAAUGAAUGA